GAUCUGGCUAAACCCAAAUUACGAAAUAUUUUUGGAUAUACUAAAUAUUGAAUUAAUUAAUAUAUGAACACAACUAAUUAUGCAAUUUUUUGGAUAUACUAAAUUUUGAAUGAAUUCAUAUAUGAACACAACUAAUUAUGAAAUAUUUUUGGAUAUACUAAAUAUUGGUUUCUCGAGCACUUGCUGGUUUCUCGAGCAGAAUGGCGUGGAAGCUCCGGUAAGUUUGUGGCAGGGCAGCGAGUGCUCAGGCGCCAUCGGCGAGCUCCUCGACGACCGAUCGAUCCAGCCGCACAAGUUGAAAGCAGAGCAGCAGACGAUGCAAGGGAAGUCUGUAGUGAAUCUGGAUCUUACGUUGGAGCUAUUGCCGAAGAAGAGGAGAGAAGAUCCCGUUCAUGGUGAAGUGCGACUAACAACAAAGGGUUUCAAACCCCCUUUUGAUUCCAAUGUGACCGUUGCUCCUCCACCCGCCAACGAGGAAGAAGAUUGAAGUUCAAAUUGUUGCUACGCAGCGUAUUGAAGAACCACUUGAUGGAGUGCUGCGUAUUGGAGAAACAAUGUCGUUCCUCUCCUUCCUUUUCCAGUUCAUGUUUGCUUUAUGCCCAAGCUGGCUUUUGUUUCUGUUUCAAGCAAACCAACAAACUGUACUGGGUUUU